UUGUAUAGUUGUUGAUUUCAAGGGCUAGUCUCUUUGUUGUUUUUGAAUACGAGAGGCUGGUCGUCAUCCGAUCCUCUUUCAUUUCUCUAAACCAAGUAGAGGAAUUGAACAAGUUCCAAAAGGGUGAUCAUAUAUAUAUAGAUAUGGCUCCUGUUUCAUUGCCUCCUGGUUUUCGUUUCCACCCGACUGACGAGGAACUUGUUGCCUACUACCUCAAAAGAAAGAUUAAUGGUCGUGAGAUUGAAUUGGAGGUCAUCCCCGAAGUUGAUCUCUACAAAUGUGAACCAUGGGAGUUACCAGGGAAGUCAUUAUUACCAAGCAAAGAUCUUGAAUGGUAUUUCUUUAGUCCACGGGAUCGGAAGUAUCCCAAUGGAUCAAGGACUAAUCGGGCAACCAAAGCCGGAUAUUGGAAGGCCACCGGGAAGGAUCGAAAAGUGAACUCUCAGACGCGUGCUGUCGGCAUGAAGAAAACCCUUGUUUAUUAUCGAGGGCGAGCCCCUCACGGUGCUCGAACUGGUUGGGUUAUGCAUGAAUACCGUCUGGACGAGAGAGAAUGUGACAAUGCUCCUUCAGGCUUGCAGGAUGCAUAUGCACUUUGUCGAGUGUUCAAGAAGAGUACUACACCUAGUCCGAAGAUCGGAGAGCAUUAUGUUACCACAAAUACCUACCAACUAACUAGCAACCACUCAUCAAGCAUUGACCUAUAUUCUGAGGGAAGAGGUGAUCAAGAUUUGGAGAGAUCAGAUAAUUAUCAAAUGCCAUAUGAUUCUUGCUCACCCAGCAUGCUUACUGGAUCAUCACUUGAUCAUAUGAAUGCAGCAAGAGAUGGGAAAUGGAUGCAGUACUUAUCAGAAGAUGCAUUUAACUUAACCCCUCCACCAUUUCCAAAUUAUGCAAAUGUUUCAUACCCUCCAUCCAAAGUGGAUAUAGCAUUAGAGUGCGCAAGGAUGCAGCAUCGAUUCUCACUUCCUCCAUUAGAGGUGGAUGAUUUUCCUCAAGCUGGAUUCACCGACUUUAGAAUAAUGUCACAGUCAACCCCGAUACGAGAAAGUGCAAAUGAAACCGAUAUUUUGCAGGAAAUCCUUUCAGUAGCUCAAGCUUCUCAGGAACUAAUAAAUCACUCAAACAUUCCGGACACAUGGGGUGGAAAUUAUGCCCCUGAUGAUGAUUUUUCCUUUAUGGUUGGCAGCAGAGAUCAUACACGUAAUAUUCAAGUUGGUGACAUGAAUUCUGAGAGAUAUUGGGAGGAUCCAAGUACAAGGUCUACGCAUAUUGGAGAUAUGGAUGGAGAUUUUAAGACGGAGAGAAUUAUGGCAGAGAACCUGAGAUGGGUGGGAAUGUCCGACAAAGAUCUUGAGAAGAGUUUAAUGGUGGAAGAACACAAGAUUGUUCCAAUAGAAGAUAUUUCAUGCUUCCAGAGAGGAGAAGAGCAUGAGAUUCAAGGAGAUCACAGUGGGCACACCAAAAGCUGCAAUGAGUUCAAUGACUCAGAGAUAAACAGUUUCCCACUUGGAUUUAUCAACGAUAUUGAGCCAAACGACAACUUCCAGCUUGAUGAUGGAGACAUGGAUGAUUAUUCAAAUUCUCCAAGCUUCGAGGUGAUUGAGGAAAUUAAAGUCAACCACGGAAUGUUUGUCUCAACUCGCCAGGUGGCCGAGACAUUCUUUCACCAAAUAGUUCCUUCGGAGACGGUCAAGGUCCACCUAAACCCAGCAAUGAUGAAAAACUUGUCGGUUGAUCAUCGGAAAUCUGAUGUACAAAUAAGGUCGCCUGAGAAUAAUAUUAGAUCAUCUUCUUCCUUUAGAAAAUUUAAAUUUGUAGCAAGUGAACUUCUUUCAAUGGUCGCACUUGUUUUGGUGCACCUAUAUGUCGGGGGAUAUCUGGAAGAAGAAGAUGGGUUUACUGCAACUGCUGGAAAAGUGAAAGGGAAAGGAUGCUGCCCUAACAAUAUGAAGAACAAGGAAAGAAGUGAAAGGAAAAAACAGGAUUCGUUGGUAAUUAACACACAAGGAGGUGGGAAUUAUAGUUUUAGUGCCUUUUCCAAGAGUGUAGGGAUCUUCCUCACCAUUUCUUUAGCUCUUUGUACCAUGUGGGCAAACCACAUUAUACCCACUGCUUGAUUUCCUGAUGAUUUUCAUUUUAUUUCUAACUUUAGUUGCUAAUUUGGGAAGCAUAAGUCAG